AUGAGGACACUUCUUAACCAACUAGUCUUCACGGGGAAGGUGACCACUACCCUCCCGAGGGCAAAUGAGCUUCGAAAAGAAGCUGAUAGGUUGGUGACGAGAAUAAAGCAGGGCUCUACCAGAAACUCCCUCACAACCCAUGAGACACACCUCAAACUCACUUUAGAUUUGGCUAGAACAUAUGCGAAUCAUAGAGGAGGUUAUACGAGUGUUACGCGUCGGAAACGACGUAGUGGUGAUGGUGCACAGCUGGCCCGUGUUGAGUUUGUCCGCUUUGAGCGUCCGUCUCAAUCAGUUUCCUCAAUAGUCACUACAUAA